GAAGCAAGUACAACUUUCAUCGUGAAAUUAAAAAUUUAAUUCCUUGUCCCCCUUUUCUAAUCAUUCGCUGUGAUUCUUGCGAUCGAAUAUUGUGUUUAACACUUGCCAUAUUCGAUUUAUCUGCAAUAUGGAAGCUUUGGAUGUGAUUGAGAAGCGGAUUGAAAACAUAAACCAGCUGCUCGGUCCAUUGCCAACCGAUGAAAGCCAAGCAGAGAACCUAACCGAAGCCAUACUGUCCGCCUCGUCUUUCCUUCCGUCCGCAAGCACCGGUCAUCUAGCCGAUGGUGCGGCCCGUGGUGCAAUUCUGGAAUCGUUCAAGCGCAAAGACGAGCUGGAAGCUUACCUAGAUCCGGCAUACUUGGAGGAAAAGCAGGACAUCAAGGCAAAGGAAAUGUACAUCAACACGAUAGCGAACGAUCUGGCCGGUACGUUCGAAACGCUACAGAAGAUCAAAUCCCUCGAACCUACGCUGGGAGCGGAAUAUUUUCGCAACCUGCCCGACGUUAGUGAGCAGCUGAAAACCAUGACUACGACGGCGGGCGAGCAGAAACAGGCAAAUGAACUGCUUGAGGAAAGUCUCGUCAUUGCGAUGCAACGUUACAGCGAGAUCCAGAGUGGAAUUAAGGAUUCGCUCAAAGCAAUGACCGACCGGUUGGAUCAGUUGGAAGAUCGUCUGGCGCAGAAGAAAAAGCAAGAUAAAGAUAUAUAAGUAUAGCACGCAUCGAUGGGGCGCACAGAGGUUGUACACUUUACUUAACUAGCGAGUGUAUCUGAUUGCAUUGUAAUAGAACGAAUAUUCCUAAUCGCUUAAUAUAUUAUCCAAUGAAGCAUCUUUCAACUGUCAAUAUACAGCAAUCGCCAGGGGAUGUGAUAUAGUAUUCGUUGGAAAUUCGCGAACCGCAGCAUGUUAGAUUUAAUACGCUUUAUUGGUGAUCAUUGAAUAGUUUAUUUUCUUCAGUCGCUUUUGGAACUGUGAAAAGGCGGUCUAUCGUGACUGCUUUCGAUUUUGGCUCUUGUUGGAUUCUGAAUACUUGCUCGUGAAUCGUACAAAGGAUUAACAACAAAUAACAUUUAACCCUGAAUAGCUUUCACAGAGAAGGGAAAUCAGCAACUUUGGCGGAAAACGUAGCUCAUUAAAUUACUGAACUUUUGCAUGCACCACCAGCACGCUGGAGUGAAAUAAUACUUCCGUUUUGUAUGAAUCGAAUGAAUGUGUUGGCUACAAACAAACAAAUGA